AUGGCCCGCCUUUCAGCGCUUAUUGCCAGUACUGCCGUCUUUCUCGCCUUCAACAUGCUCGCAGCCCCAUUUGGUCUGUCGCGCGGGCCACGGCUGCCGGAAAAGGCUUUGCGCUGCAACCGAGUGUUCUUUGGUGAUGUGCUCCCUCCAGAUGCGACCCUUGAGAAGGUCGCGGUGGUCCGGGAGGGCGGGAGCUACGGCGAGGGCGAGGCAAACGUGGCAUACUCGGUAGACCCGACCGGUCUUCCAGCAUUGUGUGUCAUUACCGUUCGGGUGAGGAGCUCUUCGACGAGCAGCUACCGGCUUGGCCUCUUUCUGCCAGAUAAGUGGAACUCGAGGUUUCUGGUGGUAGGAAACGGGGGCUUCGCGGGUGGCAUCAACUGGUUGGACAUCCUGUACAACUUUCCCGUAACCGACCCCAAACACCUCUCCGUUGCCGACACCGCCCUUAUCGCAGACGAAGUCAUCCGGCAAUGCGACCUGGCCGACGGCGUGCAGGAUGGCAUUGUCAGCACCCCGGAUCGGUGCGCCCCGGAGCUGACUGUUCUCCUCUGCAGCGGCAAAGACAACGGGGCCAAGAACGCCCCAACGUCCGGGAAGGCAGAUUGUCUCCGCCCGGCUCAGCUCGAGACCGCCCGAAACGUCUACAGCGACUGGACCCUUCCGCCCAACAACGAGCUCCUUCAUCCGGGUCUGACCUUCUCCUCGGAGGGAGAAUGGUUGCUCAUCCUCAACGGCUCCGAGCCGGUGCCCUACGGGAUCGGAUACGCGCGCGACUUCCUGUUCGACGACGACGGCGGCGGCGGCGGCGGCGGCAGCGGCAGCGAUGCCCCGCCGUGGGACUGGCGCACGUCCUUCAACGAGAGCGUCGUGCGCUACGCCGACGAGCACGACCCCGGGAACGCGACGGCGGACGACUGCGCCGCGCUGGGGGCCGUCCGAGAGAGGGGCGGAAAGGUGGUGAUCUACCACGGGCUCGCGGACGGGCUGGUGCCGACAAAGGGGACCGGCGUGUACUGGAAUCGGACGUUGGAUGCCCUGGGCGGCCUGGGCGGCCUGGGCGGCCUGGAGGACUUCAUGAGGCUGUUUCUCGUGCCCGGCAUGGGACAUUGUUACGGGACGGCCGUAGACGCGCCGUGGAACUUCGGGGGCGCAUUUCAGGCGGGCCUGAUAGGGAGCGGGGUGUGGUCGGUGCCGGGGUUCGAGGAUGCGGAGCAUGACGCCUUGAUGGCGUUGGUCGACUGGGUCGAGAAAGGGAAGCCCUUGGACAGCAUUGUCGCGACAACGGCACAAGAGACCCUGCUGGUUGGGCGUUGGGAAGGGCAUCAUCGCCUCGUCCACGGGCCUGCUUGCCACCUGGCUCUAACUCGUGUGCGGCCGCAGCUCCUCAAAACCCUCGGCCUGCGCGUCAGCUGCAUCAAGAUUGACCCGUAUGUGUCGGUUGAUGCGGGGCUCAUGGCCCCUGCCGAGCACGGCGAAUGCUUCGUCUUGUGCUCCGGCGGCGAGGUGGACCUGGAUCUCGGCAACUACGAGAGGUACCUCUCGGUGCGGCUCACCAGUGACCACAACAUCACGACCGGCAAGGUCUACCUGAACGUCAUUCAGAAGGAGCGCCGCGGUGACUAUCUCGGCAAAACGGUCCAGAUCGUUCCCCAUGUGACGGAUUCGAUCAAGGAAUGGAUUAGGCGCGUGUCUAAGAUUCCCGUCGACGGCUCGAACGAGGAACCUGACGUGUGCAUCAUCGAGCUCGGCGGCACAAUUGGUGAUAUCGAGAGCAUGCCGUUUAUUGAGGCUCUCACUCAAUUGCGCCACGAGGCCGGCAGUGGCAACUUCAUGAACAUCCACGUCUCGUACGUUCCUACAGUCCACGGGGAACAAAAGACGAAACCGACACAACACGCCGUCAAGUCGAUCCGCAGCCACGGUUUGAUCCCCGAUAUCGUCGCUUGCCGCUGCGAGACGCCCCUUGCCGAGUCUACCGUCGCAAAGCUCGCGCUCCACUGUCAGGUCGAGGCGGACCAAGUUCUCGUUGUCCGCGAUAUGCCGACCAUCUACCAGGUGCCCCUGCUCUUGCGCGAGCAGGAACUCAUUCGGCAGCUCCGGGCUAAGCUGGCGUUGGAUAAACUGACCAUCACGCCCGAGAUGGUUGCACAAGGAGAAGCUCUCUGGGAUUUGUGGACGUCGGUCGUUACGCCUACGUACCAGGAGGAGGUCAAGAUUGCGCUUGUGGGCAAGUACGUCAGAUGUCAGGACGCGUACCUUUCUGUCGUCAAGGCAUUGGAACACUCGGCCAUGCGAAUCCGUCGCAAACUCAACCUGAUGUGGAUUGACUCGUCGGAUCUCGAGCCCACGACUGGGGGCGGAGCGGCACAAGCCAAGUACCACAAGGCAUGGCAUGAUGUCUCCACGGCCGAGGGCAUCAUCGUGCCCGGUGGGUUUGGUCACCGCGGCACGGAGGGGAUGAUGAGGGUCACCAAGUGGGCUAGGGAGAAUAACAUCCCUUUCCUCGGUGUUUGCCUGGGCUUCCAGGUUGCGGCGAUUCAGUUCGCGCGUGAUUUGUGCGGCAUGCCCGAGGCCACCUCUGAGGAGUUCGACGCCCAGGCCAAGGAUCUCGUGGUUGUCAACAUGCCCGAGCUUGACAAGCAGAACAUGGGUGGCACGAUGCGUCUGGGUCUGCGCAAGACCAUCUUCCAGCCUGGAACUGAGUGGUCGCGCGCGCGGGCUCUGUACGGAGGUGUCGAGGUCAUUGAAGAAAGACAUCGGCAUCGGUACGAGAUCAACCCGCAACUGGUCGAGACGCUCGAGAAGGCGGGCCUUCACUUUGUGGGCAAGGAUGAGACGGGCGACCGGAUGGAGGUCUUUGAGCUCAAGGACCAUCCCUUCUUCGUCGGGACGCAAUUCCACGCCGAGUACCAGUCGCAAGUCGUUCACCCAAGCAGACCCUACCUCGGCUUCAUCGCCGCGAGCGCGGGCUGCUUGGACAAGGUGCUCAACCAGAAGCCGGUUGAGCCAUUCAAGACCGUCGCUGUCCUCAAUGGGACCAAAUAG